GAAGGGGCGGAGCCGCAAGAGAGGAAGCGGCCGCAGACCGAGGCGCCCUUCGCCGGCCUGGCCGCUGGUCGGGGUCUGCGGGGCCUUCGGUGACCCUCGGCACCAAGCAGCGACACCGGGGCCAUGGCCAUGGACAUCGCGGCAGCUCCGUCUUCCCUGGCCCUCGGGGUCUCGAGCCCGGCCGCGGUCCCCACCUCCUACGGGGUAUUCUGCAAGGGGCUCUCCCGCACCCUGCUCGCCUUCUUCGAGCUGGCCUGGCAGCUGCGUACGAAUUUCCCGUACUUCUACGUCGCGGGCUCGGUGAUCCUCAACAUCCGCUUGCAGGUACAUUUUUAGCGCCCCGGUUACGCUAACGGUCCGUGGGCCAGCGCAAUGGCGGACUCCCAGGAGGCCCGGCGGCGGCGGAGCAGAGCGGAGUUGCGCCUGACGGCCUCUUCAGUCUCGCGAGAGUCUCCCUUUGUCGUUGCACUUGCCCCUCUUAGCCAAGCUCCCCAGGCGGUCGUAGAAAUCCUGCUGUGAGAGAGAGGAGUUACGGGAUUUUCCACGGACAGUGAAGAAUUUAAUGAAGGCCCACAACCGUAUUUAAGAAGCUGUGCAUCCUUAAAAUUAAGACGAACGGGAUGUGUUAUAAAAAAGGAAGGCUACUAAAUUUUUCAGGAAAAAAAUGUAAAAUAUGAGUUAACGGUUCAAACUAAAGUAUCCUGAAUUUCUGGAAUACUGGAUUGGAUUGUAAGCAAGAUAUUGAAUAAGAAGCUAAAGAUCUUAAGGAUAUGAUGUGGAAGUCAUAUAUUUCUUCAUCCCACAAGAGAAAACUGACAAUCAGAAAUUUUCAUUGGAAAAAAAAACCUACUGGAAAAGCAUCCUUCUAAUGCCAAACCAUGUAAAAUGCUGCGGGGUUUUGAACAGAGGGUUGGCGUAUAAGAAAGUGGACUCUAUUUCAGUGUUCCUGUGAGUAGCAUGGUUCAAGACCUUUGUGCCAAAGCGAAGAAAAUCCAGUUACAGUACAAAGCCUGGCUAUUUAAUGAAUAACAUUUCAAUAAUCAUAAUUUAUAUAAA